UCUAAUAAUAUCAUUUCAUAUUAUAAUUAUCACUCGAUUAACAUCUCAAAAGGUCAUGUCUCAAAAGUCGGGAAGAUCUUCUCCAUCUCCAAAAGAGGAUGACGCUCAACUCCAGGUCCCUCCUACUCGAUCAUCCAGAUCUUCCACAUCUUCGCAGCCUGAUGUAGGACCUCAAACUCGCUCGGCUGGUCUUCCCACCAACCUCAAAUUAAAAGUCGCUACUCAAAUGAGUAGACUGCAACUCAUGAAGGACAUCUUCUCCAAGCUCUCCAACGUCUCAACAUGGACUGUACAAGACCUGUCUCACACUCAAGAACAACUGCAAAACCUUCACAAGAACUUCUCAAAGACACACUCAUAUUUUGAGUCAGCGUGGCCUGAGUCUUGUCUCGACCACGAAUACUUCGCAUCCUCAGUCUUCUUCGAGGAAUACUCUCUCUUCCAAUCAGCCGUCUCGAAGUUAAUCCAACUCAAUAUGUCACUCAAUCCUGUGGAUUCACAGCCGUCCACUUCUGCUCAAGCCCCUCAGCCUUCUCAAACUCGUCCUCGAUUGCCUGACAUCUCAAUUCCCACCUUCUCAGGCGACUUCUCAAAAUGGCCUGCAUUCCGAGACCUUUUUCAAUCACUCGUGAUCAAUAGCACCUCAAUUUCUGACAUUGAAAGGUUACAUUACCUUCGAACAUGUCUCUCUCAAGAACCUCUGGACACCAUCUCUAGUCUUCCCUUAACGGAAGUCUCUUUCUCCAUAGCUUGGAAGAAGCUUAUGGAUAAAUAUGAAAAUAAAAGCAUCGUCAAUCCUCUCCAAAGUCUGAAAGCUCUAGGUGAAGAUCUAGAGCAGAACAACAAUCUUUUGGUGUUCCAUAUCAUCAAUCGUAUGGAUCACGCCUCUCGAACUCAUUGGGAAACUCUCAUCUCCUCUAAUACCGAAUUUCCCUCCUUCGCUCAGUUGAUGGAGUUCCUCCAAUCUCGCUCUAGAGCUCUAGAAUGGACUGAGUCCAACCAGAGACAGUCAUCUCAAGAAUCCUCUCGCUCUCGCACAACAGUGCACACCAUCUCUCAAAAGGUUACAGCUCAAAGUAAACCUUCUCCUUCACUCAUCUCAAGCAAAUCGGCCUCCUCGAACACUCCAAUCUCAAAAGUCUCUUCUAUGCCCAACUACACCUGUGAUGAUUGUGGACACGACCACUUUAUUGCAGAUUGCCCUCGCUUCUCCAAACGCUCACCUCAAGAAAAAGCUGAUGUAGUAUUACAUCGCAUCCUUUGCUCUAACUGCCUCGGUAGACAUCAUCGCCACUCUUGCAGAACGACAAAGAUCUGCAAAAUCUGUGGAAGUCGUCAUCAUACACUUCUACAUGAUGCUCCUCUCAGCAGUAAACCACACUGCAAAGUUCCACCGGUACCCCCUCGAGUGCUUCCACAAUACGCUCUCACAUCUCAAAAAUCUGCUCAAAGGGAGCUACCUCAACCACGACUCAACACUCUCCUCGCCACUGCCAUCGCCCAUCUCAUCACCUCAACAGGAUCACACACGGUUCGACUACUCAUCGACAGUGGAUCCGAGCUGACCUUCAUCUCUCAAGAUCUAGCCAGAAAACUCAACAUCUCUAGAAGGAAGUCGCAUGUUGUAAUUGUGGGAAUUUAUGGAAAGACUUCUAAGACACAAGGAUCUCUCGCCCUCACUCUCAAGUCGACGUAUGACCAUCAAACCAUAAAUAUUGAUGCUCACAUUCUUUCAUCAUCUUUCUCUAAUUUGCCUUCCUUCUAUACAUGUUUUCAGCAAUCUCUACAUCUCCAGCAUCUCAAGUUAGCUGAUCCAGAAUACCACAUCUCAAGAGCCAUCGACAUCAUUUUGGGUGCUGAUGUAUAUGGCUCAGUUGUUCUUCCUCAGAUGAAAAAAGGCCCUCCAUCAUCUCCAAUCGCACAACUCUCAAUCUUCGGCUGGCUAAUUCUAGGCCCUUUGUGUCAAGAACAGGAACGGCUUCCAAUUCAAUCUCCAAUGUUUCACACCAUCUCACAACAGUCACAUACGGAACUAGAUCAACUCCAUUUUUGGCAAUCAGAGUUCUUCUCAACUUCUCAAGGAUGAGGGUCACAACUUUCCACUAGCCAUUCCUCCAUUAACAAAAGGUCGUUAUGUUGAUGAUAUUUGUGGUGGAGCAGAUACUGAACAUCAACUUCUCGAAAUUGCCAAACAACUCCAGAACCUUUGCAUGGCGGCCGGCCUUCCGCUAGCAAAAUGGCAGUCAAACGUCUCAAGUC